CGCCGUGCGCCGAGAGCGGGCGGAGGCCGCGGGAGCGCCGCAACAUGGCGGCGGCGGGCGGCAGUAGCCGGGCGGACAACGGCUACGGCGGGCAGCAGCCGAGGCGGAGGAAGGGCCCGGGAGCCCUGGCCACGGCCUACCUCGUCAUUUACAACGUGGUGAUGACGGCGGGGUGGCUUGUGAUUGCCGUUGGGCUAGUUCGAGCAUACCUGGCUAAAGGUAGCUACCAUAGCCUUUACUACUCCAUAGAAAAGCCCCUGAAAUUCUUCCAAACUGGAGCUUUGCUAGAGAUUCUGCACUGUGCCUUUGGCAUUGUUCCCUCUUCUGUUGUUCUGACUGCUUUCCAAGUGAUGUCAAGGGUUUUCCUGACCUGGGCAGUAACACAUAGUGUAAAAGAGGUACAAACUGAAGACAGUGUCCUGUUGUUUGUAGUGGCCUGGACAAUCACAGAGAUAAUCCGUUACUCUUUUUACACCUUUAGCUUGUUAAACCAUCUCCCUUAUCUCAUUAAAUGGGCCAGGUACACUUUGUUUAUAAUAUUGUAUCCAAUGGGAGUCUCUGGUGAAUUACUCACAAUAUAUGCUGCAUUACCCUUCGUCAGGCAGUCUGGCUUGUAUUCCAUUAGUUUACCUAAUAAGUACAACUUUUCUUUUGACUAUUACACAUUCCUGAUCCUGGUUAUGAUCUCUUACAUUCCAAACUUCCAGGAGAACAAGAUUUAAAGCAGUUUCUUAAAAUGUGGUUCAGGCAUAAGAAUUGCUUUUGCAGUGAUGGCUGGGGAAGCAUUUCUGUUGAAUUAACAUGAGUUGAAACUGUCUUUGGUAAAUGUUUUUACAGGUGAAGGUUUGGCUUUGCUGCUUAGUGAUUAAGAGCAUUAGGUCUUCAACCAAUUUAGAUGUGCAAAUAGAAGUUUAAUGUGCAAAAUAAUGCAGUGGCACUGCUGCUAGCUAUCUCUGUAGCUGUGUUUAUAUGAACCUUGUUGCUUAUGCUGAGUGACAGAUCAUAUUCUAAGAUUUAAAUUUCAGUAGUGUGGCAGUUUUUAAGCAUUUGUUCUGUCUGUGAACUAUUUUGGACAUCAAAAUUUGUAACUUUUUCCUGCUGGAAAUUCUUUUUAUGCAUGUGUAGCUAUUUGACUCCAUCCUCCAAAAACACUGGUAUUACUAACUCCAAGGAGCCAGAACAAUAACUUUUGUUCCUCCCCUAAUAAACACAAAUAUGAAUUACUUCUUAUGAGAUUGCUUGAUCACAACUGACAGACCACAUGAGAGGGCAGCACACUGAACUCAAAUAAUUUUAGCCCUGUUUCUCCAUUUAAAUUGCAGUCUCAGGUAUUUUGUAAUUCGUUACCCUUUGCUGGCUGUGUAACCUGAAUUCAGUCUUUUUUUAAAUUCUUGUGAAUUGGUUUCUUACUUAAGUCUGAGAACUGACUGCAUGGACUUAAGAAGUCUUAGGCACCUUUCCACAGGCAGAUACUCCAGAGAUGUAAGAAAAGCCGCAAUCAUUGCAGUUGUUCAUAAAAGCAAACUGUGCAGGAAGUUUGUCUUCUGAACCCACUGAAGGCCUUAAAAAUUUUGGGAAAGUUAACAUCAUGAAGAAAGCAAGUUUUAAAUCCAUUGUUAAAAAAUAAGAUUAAUGUUCUUGAUAGUUGCAUCUUACCAUUUAUCUGGCUUUAAAUAUCAAAAUGCUAACCUUAAAUAAAAAAAAAUAUGAGUUAAGUAGUCUUUGGUUGUCUCACUCAUGGCAAACACUAGGCAAGUGUAACUGAUGUCAUCUAUGUUGAUAUUGACCUUGUUUUAUUUUCACAUUGUUCACAAAGAUGGAAGCUUUUGCCUUUUGGCGUCCCCUAGUUCAUUCUUCUGCAAACAUAGUGUGUAAUGUAACAGAAAUAGGAGGAAAAAAGCUUUGCAGGAGGGUAGAGAUGCAAGAGGCAACAGUUUGUAUAAAGUUUUUUUUAGAUCCUGAAAAAGAGACACUGCAGUCAUAAGAUAUGAAACAAAUCUGUGAAUUUCAUUCUUUCAGAUGACUUCCAUUUCUCAUGGUGCUUUAUUUUUCCUCCCCACAAAGCAGUUUAUUUUUGUUGUAUGCAUGCAAUUCAAGAAUUUUUGUCAUUCUUCUUAUAUGUGCAAAGCUAAUUAUGAAAUGUAUUUUGCCUUUAAUUAAAAAUGGCAUAGUUCUAAGAAAAAUUAAAUAGCACCUGAAGUCUAAGGGCAGUAUUGCUUGUUUUUAGCCAGUAGAUGAUUUGACCAGAGUGGAAAAGCAGAUUUUCUUCUAACAGAAUCACUGACCUUGAGUAUGUGAGCGUGUGUUACACCAACACAGAAGCCUGACUUCUUCCUUUGUCUGUUUUCUCUUCAGUCUUUCCCCAGCUGUAUUUUCACAUGCUACAUCAGAGGCGAAAGGUGCUUUCCCACACUGAGGAACACAAGAAGUCGGAGUAAUUUCAAUUUUU